GCUGCAGACUUAUUUCUGAGUUUGCGCACUUGAAACUGGGCCUCCCAGUUUGAGGAAAGGGCGGGCUGCUCGCUACCUCUGACAUCUGCCCUGGACCACCCCGGGAGAGAAGGAGGGCUCUGGGGGAUCUGGCCAGGCCAGGACUGAGUCAGGUAGAAGAGUCGAUAAAACCACCUGAUCCAGGAAAAGGAAAGCACAGCGGAGCGCAGAGGGAAAGCUCCCAGCGGCGAGGCGCCGGGCAGCACCCCUGCGGCGGCGACGGCGGCGGCGGCGGACGGCGGCCCGGCCCGGCCAUGCCUGCGCUCUGGCUCUGCGGCUGCCUCUGCUUGGCGCUCCUCCUGCCUGCAGCCCGGGCGAACUCCAGGACGCAAGUCUGUGACUGCAACGGGAAGUCCAGGCAAUGCCUCUUUGAUCAGGAACUGCACAGACUGACGGGAAAUGGAUUCCGCUGCCUCCACUGCAGUGACAACACGGCUGGCAUUCACUGCGAGAAGUGCAAGGAAGGAUUUUACCGACAGAGAGAGAGAGACCGCUGUUUACCCUGCAAUUGUAACUCCAAAGGUUCUCUUAGCCCUCGAUGUGACAACGCUGGUCGGUGCAGCUGUAAGCCAGGUGUGACGGGAGACAGGUGUGACCGCUGUCUGCCAGGCUUCCACACCCUCACGGAUGCUGGGUGCACCCAAGACCAGAGGCUCCUAGACUCCAAGUGUGACUGUGACCCAGCUGGCAUCUUGGGGCCCUGUGACGCAGGCCACUGUGUCUGCAAGCCAGCUGUCACCGGAGAGCGCUGUGACAGGUGCCGACCAGGUUACUACCACCUGGAUGGGGGGAACCCUGAGGGCUGCACCCAGUGCUUUUGCUAUGGGCAUUCGGCCAGCUGCCAAAGCUCUGGCGACUACAGUGUCUAUAAAGUCACCUCUACCUUCAGUCAAGAUGUUGAUGGCUGGAAGGCUGUCCAAAGAAAUGGGUCUCCUGCAAAACUCCAAUGGUCACAGCGCCAUCAAGAUGUGUUUAGCUCAGCACGACGAUCGGAUCCCGUCUAUUUUGUAGCUCCUGCCAAGUUUCUUGGGAACCAACAGGUGAGCUACGGGCAAAGCCUGUCUUUUGACUACCGGGUGGACAGGGGAGGCCGACACCCAUCUGCCCACGACGUGGUCCUGGAGGGUGCUGGUCUACGCAUCACAGCUCCCUUGAUGCCACUUGGCAAGACGCUGCCUUGUGGGAUCACCAAGACUUACACGUUCAGAUUAAAUGAACACCCAAGCAGUCAUUGGAGCCCCCAGCUGAGUUACUUUGAGUAUCGGCGGCUCCUGAGGAACCUCACAGCCCUGCGGAUCCGAGCUACUUAUGGAGAAUACAGUACUGGCUACCUUGACAACGUGACCCUGGUUUCAGCCCGCCCCGUCUCUGGAACCCCAGCACCCUGGGUGGAACAAUGUGUGUGUCCUGUUGGGUACAAGGGACAGUUCUGCCAGGAAUGUGCUUCUGGUUACAAAAGAGAUUCGGCCAGACUGGGACCUUUUGGCACCUGUAUUCCGUGCAACUGCCAAGGGGGAGGGGCCUGUGAUCCAGACACAGGAGACUGUUAUUCAGGGGACGAAAACCCUGACAUCGAGUGUGCCGACUGCCCCAUCGGUUUCUACAACGACCCGCACGACCCCCGCAGCUGCAAGCCCUGCCCCUGUCGCCAUGGCUUCAGCUGCUCCGUGAUGCCCGAGACAGAGGAAGUGGUGUGCCACAACUGCCCCCACGGCGUCACUGGUGCCCGCUGCGAGCACUGUGCUGAUGGCUACUUUGGGGACCCCUUUGGGGAACGGGGCCCAGUGAGGCCUUGUCAGCCCUGUCAGUGCAACAACAAUGUGGACCCCAGUGCCUCUGGGAACUGUGACCACCUGACAGGCAGGUGUCUGAAGUGCAUCCACAACACAGCCGGCGUCCACUGCGAGCAGUGCAAAGUGGGCUACUUUGGGGACCCCUUGGCUCCCAACCCAGCGGAUAAGUGUCGAGCUUGCAACUGCAACCCAGUGGGCUCGGAGCCCGUGGCAUGUAGAAGUGAUGGCAGCUGUGUUUGCAAGCCGGGAUUUGGUGGCCUCAACUGUGAGCAUGCAGCACUAACCAGCUGUCCAGCUUGCUAUAAUCAAGUGAAGACUCAGAUGGAUCAAUUUAUGCAGCAGCUCCAGAGUCUGGAGACUCUGAUUUCAAAGGCUCAGGAUGGAGGUGGAACAAUACCCAACACGGAGCUGGAAAGCAGGAUGCAGCAGACUGAGCAGACCCUUGAGGACAUUCUGAGAGAAGCCCAGAUUGCAGAAGGUGCUAGGACAUCUCUCCUUCGCCGGCUGGCCAAGGCCAAGAGCCAAGAGAGUAGCUACCGGAGCCGCCUGGAUGACCUCAAGAUGACCUUGGAAAGGGCUCGGGCCCUGGACAGCCAACAUCAGAACCGACUGCGUGAAACUCACAUGCUCAUCACUCAGAUGCGCCUGAGGCUGGAGGAGAGCGAAGCCGCCCUGCGCAACACUAACAUUCCUCCCUCAGAGCACUACGUGGGGCCAAAUGGCUUUAAAAGUCUAGCGCAGGAGGCUGCGAGAUUGGCAGACAGCCAUGUCGAAUCAGCCAAUAGCAUGGAGCGACUGGCAAGGGAAGCGGAGGAGUUCUCCAAACAAGCGCUCUCCUUGGUGCGCAAGGCUCUGAGUGAUGGAGGCGGCAGCGGCCGCCUGGACCCCUCGGUGGCGCAAGGGCUUGUGGGAAAGUUGGAGAAAACCAAGUCUCUGGCCCAGCAGUUGUUGCUGGAGGCCACUCAAACCGACCUUGAAGCAGAUAGGGCUUAUCAGCAGAGCCUUCGUCUUCUCAAUUCUGCGUCUCAGCUGCAAGGGGUCAAUCAUCAGUCCUUUCAGGUGGAAGUGAAGAGGAUCAGAGAAAAAGCUGAUUCUCUCUCAAGCCUGGUGACUCAGCGUUUGGAUGAGUUCGAGCACGUGCAAAGCAAUCUGGGAAACUGGGAAGAAGAAACCCGGAAGCUCUUGCAGAAUGGGAAGAACGGGAGACAGAAAUCAGAUCAGCUGCUUUCCCGGGCCAACCUUGCUAAAAGCAGAGCCCAAGAAGCACUAAGUAUGGGUAAUGCCACUUUUUAUGAAGUUGAGAACAUCUUAAAGAACCUCAGAGAGUUUGACCUGCAGGUUGAGGACAGAAAAGCAGAAGCUGAAGAGGCCAUGAAGAGACUCUCCUACAUCAGCCAGAAGGUUGCAGAGGCCAGCGACAAGACCCAGCGAGCAGAAACGGCCCUGGGCGGUGCUGCUACCGACGCCCAGAGGGCGAAGCACACAGCCAGGGAGGCCCUGGCGAUCACCGGCAAGAUGGAACAGGAGAUCAGGAGUCUGAACUUGAAGGCCAACGUGACCGCAGAUGGAGCCUUGGCCAUGGAGAAGGGACUGGCCACUCUGAAGAGCGAGAUGCAGGACGUGGAAGGAGAGCUGGCGAGGAAGGAGCGGGAGUUCGAGGCGGACAUGGCCGCAGUGCAGACGGUAAUUACAGAAGCCCAAACGGUUGAUAACAGAGCCAAGAAUGCUGGAGUUACGAUCCAAGACACUCUCAACACGUUGGACGGCAUCCUACACCUAAUAGACCAGCCUGGCAGUGUGGAUGAAGAAGGGCUGAUCUUACUCGAGCAGAAGCUCUUCCGCGCCAAGACCCAGAUCAACAGCCAGCUGCGGCCGUUGAUGUCAGAGCUGGAAGAGAGGGCGCUUCGGCAGAGGGGCCAGCUCCGCUCGCUGGAGAUGAGCAUAGACGGGAUUCUGGCUGAUGUGAAGAACCUGGAGCACAUUAGGGACAACCUGCCCCCAGGCUGCUACAAUACGCAGGCUCUUGAGCAACACUGAGGCUGCCUUCGAAAUUUCUCCACUGGGGUUCUUGGGAUUCAGACCUCAGGCCCAGGGGCCAUCUCAUGCGGGUGGGGUGGGAUGGGGACAAUUGAACAUGUUGAAUGGGCGUGCUCAGGUCAGCUGAACCUGGCCCCAUCCUGGAGACUUUGGCCAGAUAAAUGUCUUAGGGUACCAGUGUGAUACCGUUUGCUUCCUGAUGCGGGGCAAAGAGGCAGAUAGUCUUGGGGAUGAGACUCGGCAGGGCCAGGACCCCAAAGGGUAGACUGGAUGGAAGGACAAACUGCACGGGCAGAUGCUUGUCUCAGAAUAGGCAUAAACCGAGUUCUGGAGCAGGGACAUGUGCUGCUGGGUUAUAGGUAGCCUAUCCUUAGGAUCAUGUGACCAGAGGAAAAAUUUUUUGACUUUGCCCACGCAUAGAAUUCUUCCUAAUGUCAGAACAGAGAGUGAAUUCCAGUCCUGCCAUGGCCAGUAAAACACUGUUGCCUCACAAUGUCCAAGGUGUUCUUGUCGAUCAGUGUUCCUCUCACUUAGCGCCAAGUACAUCAACACAUACUCGACUUUCAAGCUGGAAGAAGUGAGCAGUGGUGGAGUCGGGAGCUGUAAGGCUGGUACCCUGCUACCCUGAGUUCUCCUGGGCCUGGAAGUGACCUCCUUUCCCCUGAUGAUGCCAGGCAACUUAGUACGUUUUUAUUAAAGCAUUUUCUACCAGCAAAGCAAACACUGGGAAACACAUUUCUAAUUUGCAUUUGGGUUUCAAGUGAUACAAAAAUGCAGCUUGGGCACUGAAAGAGGUGCAAUUACCCAGAAGAUUUAUUAGUCCUAAUUCAAUCCCACUUUUCAAACACUAAAAAUUACAUGCAUUAUGUGUUUUCUUCUCUCUCUCUCUUCCUACAACAGUGUUCAUACUCAUACUUGAGCUGGGUAGAGUCCAUCCUUCCACCCAUCCAUCCAUCCUUAAAACAUAUAUUUAUUGAGUACCUAUUGUGUACAGAGGUAACAUAGUCUCUGUCCCCAUAGAACUGAUUGAAUAGUGAAGAAGACAAACUUUUAAAAAAACUUAAACUUACAAAUCCUGUUCAUCACAAGUGGUGUUUAUUGCAAUCAUCUCCUGGUUUGCAACCUCUUUUCUCAACAGAACAUAUGUUGCAAGACAUUCCCAUGGGGGCAUUUGGAUUUUGGCAAAUAGCUGAAAUGGCCCUCGGUUGUACACACUUCUUUGCAUUCCAGCUGUCACUCUGCCCCUUUCCACAACUAAUUGCAACAGAUUGUUGAGUCAUAACACCAGUGGGAAUUUCUGGAAAAAUCAGGCACAGAAAAACCUCGGCUCAGAAGACUUUGAUGCCGCCUCACCUCUGUAUUUCCUUGGCUUUUCAUGGACGUGUUUUUAAAUAAAGAACAAUUCUUAGA